UAAGACUCAAACACUGCCUCGAACAGGUCUUGCUGUGGAAGAUGACCAGCUUUUUCGGACCGAUCAGCCAUGCCGCGGCUCAAGCACUAUACACAGUGGUGCUAUAAAUAUGUUCCAUAGUACUUGCGCAAGUAGGCCAGAUGGAGUCAUUCGAGCUGAAUCUCAACUACAAGGACCAUUGUCUCAUCAUUGUCGGCGAUGGGGGUCCGUCUGAUGAACUCUUGGCUCGAAGACGCUUGCUGGCCGGAGGACGCUUGGCGCAUUUUCUGGUCAGCGAGGGCCAAGUGAAGAUCCGUGGCGAAGAGCCGAACGUUAUUUUUGCCUGGCAACCCUUCAAUUCCAGCGAAGCUGGUAUGCCCUCACCCUUGGGUCGCAAGCUGGGUCAAUCAUUUAAAACCUACUGGACCAAGACAGGUGCAGAUUGUAUUGUUGUUCCGCCCAACCACACUUUGCACAUCUACACCCUUAACGGGCAGAUGAGGCACGUGCGGCUCGUACACGAGCAAGGGCAUGUACUGAUGGAGAUAUCGGGCGAAGUAGUUUUGGAGCCUGAUGACGAAGUAGCGGGCAACUGGGAGGUUGGAGUGGAAGACCCGGAGCUUAAAGCCUUUGGGACGUUUUCCACACGCUAUGUGCUGAGAUCUUUAAUAGUUGUGCUAGUUUGGCACGUCAUCAGGUGGACAGUUUCCAUCAAAUUUGAUGGGAGUGCUGAGGAUGGUCAGGAUCCAUGGUGGCGGGGCCUGCUGGUUGUGCUGUCUGCUGUCUUCUUAUGCGCGCCGGGUGUUUGGAAGAAUUGGGCUGCCAGCCUGUCGGGGGAAUCUGACGUGGAUUUGAUGGACAAGAUGGUUUGCGCAGUCGCCUUCCUGCUCGUUGCCAUAGCAGCAACACCUGCACACUUGGCCGAGCUUUCAAUUUCACAAGGUGGAUUGACUGCUGCCAUUUUGGUUGGCCCGUUUUGGCAAUACUACCGGACUCGGGCCAAAUAUCCAGAACGUCGUUUUUCCUCCUGCCUGCUGUGGACAGCAGCGAACUACCUGGCAACGGCAGGCUUGGCCACGAUUUUGUUGGCAAUUGUGGUUGGAUACCGCUUUUUGCUUGCGGCUUCCCAGCCGGUGAUGGCAUCCUUCUUCCUGCCGGUCUCAACCGCAGUGGUCGAAAGUGUGAUGGUCAUCUACACCCGGUGCACCUACAUCAGCCUGGUCGUCCAAAAAAGACCUGAAGUUCCUGGGGAUAUCUCUUACGUGCCCAUACCCUACAUGUUGACAGCGCUCCAUGGACUUGCGGAAUGUGCUCGGGUGGCAGCCGUUUUCUCUGGAGCUGUGACAACUGGUGAGUACGCUUGGGUGGGUAGUGUAGUUCUUACUUUGCUCCUCAAUGUGAUGGCACGGUGUGGAUGGACGCGACUCUGCCUCUUCCUGACUCUCAAGAAGGCCGCAGGGUUGAAGCGGGCUUUGUUCUUUGCACCGACAGCCUUUGGCAAACUACAUGAUGAGAUCAAGAUCUAUGCAGGCUACUUCAGGUUUCCGGCAAUUUUUGCCUUGGUUUUGAGCAGGGCCUUGGUUUAUCAGAACUUAUCUUUGUCUGGACCUGGAUCUCCAGUGUACAAUGCAUCUGCGGGAGCCGCCUUGCUGUGUCUGCUGGUUGCAGAAUACCUUGAAGACUUCAUCGUGAUCCAGCAGAUUGUUCCCAUGAGCCCUGUCCUUCCUGAACUCAUCGACUAUGAUCUUCAGAAGAGUUCACGGCAUACAAGCUACCUCAGCGCGGAGGUUCGCAGAAUGUGCCCAAAUGACUCUCAGACGGGCUGGCGCUUGGAUGAACUGAAUGACAGCGGCUUCAGGAAAAGCGGUGCCCGGACGCUACAAAUGACUUCACCAUGUGGUGACAGGUCUAUGAAGAUGUCGUCCAUCGUGCCUCUACCUGAAAUAUCAGGAGUGCGAGUGCCAGGUCCAUCAAUACAAGCUCCAAGACUGGUCUUCAUCCCCGAGCCGGACGAGGAGCCUCAAACAAGGCUAUUUGUCGACGCUCCGGGCCCUCCCGACGCACCAGCGCAUCCACCAGUUCUUCUUGUGAACGCAGCAGAUGAUUCACGAAGAGCCAACUCGCCAAGGCAAUCAGUGCGUCAUGUCAUUAGCAACAGUUCUCAGCCAAAGUCUGAUGUGUCGAACAUGUCAGACGCCAAGACGCCAGCUGGAUCUUUGGAUGUUCGGGCAGCGAAUUCACGGAGACAAUCAAUGCUGGACGUGAAUGUUUCCGUGGGGAGGCAACUGAGCAACGGUUCAAUUGUUCAGAGAAACUCUUCAAAGAAAUCAAUGCUUGGUGUGAAUGUUCCCAUCGGGAGGCAUAGCAGCAAUGACUCAAAUGCUCAGAGAGCAAAUUCACCAAGGCAAUCUAUUUUUGACGUGAAUGUUCCGAUUGGGAGGCAGGUGAGCGGUGAUUCAUGCCCUCACCCAGGAAACUCCCCCAGGGAAUCAGUUCAUGAUGCUUCACCCGGGAGGCAGAUUAGCAACAACAGUUCUCUUCAAAAGUCUGAUGCUUCCAGCUUGUCAGAAGAUGCUAAGGCUUUAGCGCCAGCUGUGUCUGGGGAUGUUUCGACAGCUCCAUUGGGGAGGCAGAUUAGCAGCGGUUCAAACCGUCAGAGAGACUCCCCGAGGCCAUCAAUCCUUGAAGUGAAUGUUGGCAUGCAAAGGCAGAUUAGCAAUGACCCACAUGCUCACAGAGCAACCUCGCCAAGACGAUCACGGCUUGAGCCGAAUGUCGCAGAUGAGAGGCAGUUCAGCAACAGUUCUUUUCCUCCUCAAAAGUCUAAUCCCAACGUAUCAGAAGAUGCAAACAUGCCACAAUUGGUGGCUUCGCUGGGAAAGCGAGGGGACUCAAAGCCUUCAGCGAUACGCCGCUGGUUUGGCCAGGAGCGGGCUGUGCAGCCUUCCCUUUUGCUUCAUGGGUUGCGCGAAUUGCCCUGGGAUUGUCAGCUCAGUGCAGUUGCGGUUGUAUGUGAGGUGACUUGUGCCUUCUUAAAUACGACCCUCGGACCAGGGUAUGUCCGCGGUGUGGCCCCUGCUCCAUGCAAGGAUUUUGACGUUUGGGGUGCAGUGAUAUGGAUAUCGCCGCUUCGUUGCUGACAGCCUGUCAGCCAAACCGGCGUUGAUGGAAGGCCCUCCGAAUGGAUGGGUGCUGUAAGUCAGGCUCAAGACCUGUUCUUUUUGGAUCCGCCAUGCCAUGCGAAGAACGCAAGAAAUGAGGAUGAGAAGCGAGGCGACUAUAUAGGCAUCAGGCAUAAGCGCCCACGGACAGCGGUGCACGGUGUCAGCUCUGGCUGCAGAGGGCCAAGAGGAAGAGGUCUCCUUGUCCGGAUGAGCCCCGUCCCCUGGAGGUGGAAGAGGUCGAAGGC